CAUUUGCAACAUGCCUUUCAGAUAUUUGCAUUAACGACUGCUGUAGUGAUGGCGGACGAAGAACAAGGGGAGUCGCUGACCAGUGCGCAGAAGGAGCAGAAAAGGGAAACAAAUUAUAAUCGUAAAAGAAAAGAGAUGGGAUGCUUUGAGAAGUUCCAGGAUACGAUCUCCAGGUGGAUGCUCCCAGAAGAUCUUCAGAGCCAAUACCUUAGCCAAGCCAACUGCUGUCCGCCGCCGAUAUUCAUCAUUGCCGUCAGUAUAGCAGAGUUGGCAGUGUUUAUCUACUAUGCCGUGUGGAAGCCUCAAAAGCAGUGGGUGACCCUGGAUGAAGGUAUCUGGAAAAGUCCUCUCACCUACGAUCCUGACAAAAGAGAGGAAGCAUGGCGCUUCAUUUCUUACAUGUUCGUUCACGCUGGUGUGGAGCACAUUGUGGGUAACCUACUGAUGCAGCUUCUACUGGGUAUCCCACUGGAAUUGGUCCAUAAAGGAAUUGAAGUGGGUGUAGUUUACAUGGCUGGUGUCCUUGCUGGCUCUUUGGCUAGCUCCAUCUUUGAUCCUCUCAGUGCCUUGGUUGGGGCUUCCGGAGGCGUCUAUGCCCUAAUCGGAGGUUAUUUCAUGAACGCUGUAGUGAAUUUCCGAAAGAUGAUUCCUCUUCUAGGAGUGUUUCGAAUCCUAGUCAUCGUUCUAAUUGUUGGCACAGAUUUUGGCUUCGCCUUUUACAGAAGAUUCGUCAGUCAUGAGGGAGGUUUACAGGUGUCGUUUGUGGCUCAUUUUGGAGGUAUUGUUGCUGGGAUGACCAUUGGGUACGUUUUCUUCAGCGAUUACGGCAAGGAGCUGCUACGGGACCCACGUUUCUGGAUUUGUAUAGUGGGAUAUGCUGUCUUCUUCAUCUUUGCUGUGCUGUUCAAUAUCUUCAUUUCUCCUGCAUCAUAAGACGGGAAAUGAUUUCAAAGUUUUGCUCAGUAAGGUUUUUGAGCAAAGUCUUAGUAAAUGUUAAACAUAGUCUUUGUACUCAUACCGGUAUGUUUUCUAGUUUUAAAACAUGUUUUAACUUGUUUUUCUCUGAUGGUGGUUUCUGGAUCCUACCCUCGGAGAGAAGAAAACCCAUCUUGAACAUAUUUAACUUUUUAAUCAUUUAUUUCGAUAUAAAACACUUUUAAAGGCGUGAUUUUAAUUUUCAAACAGUUGUUUCUUCGAUAGCAAAUAAUGUUAAUUUUAUCAACAUCGACUCUCACAUCCAGUAUUUCGACAACAUCAGUAAAUGUGAUUUAUUCCAUACACAAGUCCAUUUUUUUUAGACGUUUUUUAAUCAAACACUAAGAACAGGUAAUUAAGGAUGAAGAAAGAAAUUGUUUUACCUGUAUUUACCUUGUAUUUUUUUGUUUUGUUUACAUGUUAUUCUUUUAUCAUGAAGCCUAAGCUCUGCCUCGUUUCUUCUGUUGCAUCCUGUUAAAGGAACAAUUAAAUGUUCAGUAAGACAUAAAACAGAUGUUUAACACCAGCUUUUGUAACCUCUGUCAUUAUGAUUCUUAUUUUUACCCAAAGGCAGCUGUAUGAACACACCUCAAGGUUAAUUUCUGCUCUUUAUUGAAAUGUUUCCUGUGAAGAUAAUGACUGAAUAUGGCUUAAGCACAGAGGGGAAUGCUUGUGGUUUUUUGUUUUUUUUGAUUUACCGUUUUAGAAGACGUACCUAUGAUCUAGCUCACACAAAGGUUGCAAAUAUAGACCAAAUAUGACUUCCUGUAUAGUUUUAUAUAUUUUCAUAAGAUAUUUAAAGACAUACUGUUUUGUGGAGUGUGUUCUGCCAAGAUAACAGCACCUCUUAAAGAAAUAAGGCAAGGCAAGGCAAAUUUAUUUGUAUAGCACAAUUCAGUAC